UCCGGGUGCUGCAGGCUUUCUCUUCCCCGGGUUGGGGAUAGAGGGGGCCGGUGACCAGGGAGGAAACGGGGAGUAGCAGCAGCAAUGGCGACCCGCAGUCUGACCGAUGCCUAUGUGCUGAUGCGGAACCGAGCGGCCCAGAGCCGGCAGCUGCUGGCCGAGCAAGUGAGUACAAAGCCGGGACAGGCUCUGGCCUUGGCCCUGGGCCGGGGCGGCGGCGGCAGCAGCAGCGGCGCUGCGAUAGCUGAUGAUCGUAUGGCAUUGGUGUCUGGGAUCAGCCUGGAUCCAGAAGCUGCCAUUGGUGUAACUAAGAAACUGCCUCCAAAAUGGGUGGAUGGAGUGGAACAGAUUCAGUUUGACAUCACCAGAAUAAAACAGAAGAUGAAGGAGCUGGCUGGUUUACAUGACAAGUAUUUGAACAGGCCAACACUGGAUGACAGCAGUGAGGAGGAGCAUGCAAUAGAAAUCACCACGCAGGAAAUAACACAGAUGUUCCACAGGUGUCAGCGAGCGGUACAGAGCCUGCAAAGCAAAUGGCGCAGUUGUACAGAGCAGGAAGAACGGGUCCUUCGAAAUGUCGUCACUUCUCUGGCACAAGCCCUUCAAGAUCUGUCAACCAACUUUCGGCAUGCUCAGUCCAACUAUCUCAAACGUUUGAAGAAUCGAGAGGAAAGGUCCAAACACUUUUUUGAUACAUCAGUGCCACUAAUGGAUGAUGGUGAAGACAACAACCUUUAUGACAAAGGUUUUACACACGAUCAGCUGCUCCUGGUGGAAGAGAACACUUUGAUGGUGGAAGAGCGAGAAAAGGAGAUCCGACAGAUUGUGCAGUCAAUAUCGGACUUGAAUGAAAUUUUCAGAGAGCUGGCCAGCAUGAUCGUGGAGCAGGGAACUAUCUUGGACCGAAUUGAUUAUAAUGUGGAACAGUCCUGUAUUAAAACGGAAGAGGGCUUGCAGCAGUUACAGAAGGCAGAGCAAUACCAAAAGAAGAAUCGAAAGAUGUUGGUCAUUCUGAUCUUGUUUGUGAUCGUAGUUGUUCUCAUUGUCGUGUUAAUAGGUGUCAAAUCAAGGUGAUUGGCAGAAACUCCCCUGUGGCAGGAGCCAAGAGGAAAAUUCACUGAGUUGGUGAUUAAAAAAUAAUGUCUGCGAGGGGGAGCUGUGGAACAGGAUCAGAUUCCCUGAAUUCCUUCACUACAGAAAAUCAGGAAUGUACUGUGAUUGCUGUGUUGUAAAUUGAAUUUGGGGAGUAGGGGAUGGGGGAAAGGUGUGUUCUUUCUCGCUGCUGUGAGCAGUACUUGGAUUUGCUUCUUUCCGCUUUUCCUUCUCCAGCUGAUGAUGUGCUCGUGGCCUGUAACUAACUGAUCUCCCAUCUUUGAGGACACACUCGGCUUUACAAGGAGCAUCAUCGGUGUCUCAAGGAGCGGAGUUGGGGGCUGGUGCCUCACUGGUUGCCUUGAGCACACCUGGUUCCUCUACCUUCCCUUCCUUUCAGUGCACUAAUGUAUGUGUUGCAACAGUUCUGAUUUUUGUGUAAUGAACUUUGUUUCUGGAGGAGAUGACUUAUAACCAAUCUUUGUAUUUAUAGUUGUGUCCAAUUGUGACCAUCAAAAGCAAAAUCAUUUAAGACUUUAAUGAGCAAACAAUUCUUGAAGGUGUACGUGUUGUUUAACUUUAUUGUCCUACUUUCUGCUUGGCAUACCGUGUGCACGUUGGAAUACACAGCAGUCUGCGCUUUCACUUUGGGUUGUCAAGGUAGAUCUUCCCCUUGCAAAAAAUGGCAGCAGAACAGUACAAUGGCAGUCCGUGUCUGUAAUUUGUUACUGCCAACCCCUGGCCCACCAAAGCCGAGAGAGGGAAGAGAAAGUGUCAGGAUGAGUUGUAAAGUUGACAGAGUCUUAUUGAUGGCUUCCCAAACUGUGGAGUCGGAGUUCUGAGGUAGCACUGGUUGAGACUGAACCGAGGUCCCUUUAAAUCCACAACUUUUUUUCUAACGCUGGGCAUGGCCUAUCUUUGAAGUCUUAUUCCUCCUCCGGAAAAGCCAAAUUUUUUUCCUGCAGUUUAUACAUUUCUCAUGGUACUUAACCUCAGUUCGUUUUAGCUUUUUGAAAUCUCUGCCCUCUUUGCUUUCUCAAAUUGUCCAUCCAACCUACCUCUCACUUGGAUCAUGGCAAGUUUCAGACAUCAAAGUGAGGUCAUGUUGGGGAAAGGUUUGGGAAACAGUGUGCUCGGCUGGCUCGAAGAUGUAUCGGGGACAGAGAUCCCUACACUUCUGGCCACUGUUGGUGAUUAAAAUACUGAAAUAAGAAUGAGUUUGAAAGCAUACAAGGCAUAACCAAUAUUACCAAACAAGAAGAAACAUGAAUAGGAAGGAAAAUGUGUGAUGCUUUAUUUAACAGUUGGUGGUUGGAAUAGAGUUAGUUGGGCUAAAGUCAGGAAAAUAUAACAAAAUAGGAGAUCUUUAUUUGAAAAACUGAGGAAUUUCACUCAGGUCAUCCAGACUUUCUGUAAUGGUCAAGGACCUUUCAACUUCUGUUUGUCUCUUUCUGCAGGAGUGAGACUUGGACAGUGUGUCGCUUAGUUGGGCGGCACGGUGGCUCAGUGAUUAGCACUGCAGCCUCACAGCGCCAGGGGGCCGGAUUUGAUUAUACCCUCGGGCAACUGUCUGUGUGGAGUUUGCACAUUCUCCCUGUGUCUGCGUGGGUUUCCUCCAGGUGCUCCAGUUUCCUCCCACAGUCCAAAGAUGUGCAGGCUAGGUGGAUUGGCCAUGCUAAAUUGCCCGUAGUGUUUAGGGACGUGUAGAUUAGGUGGGUUAUAGGGGAUGGGUCUGGGUGGGAUGCACCGAGGGUUGGUGUGGACUUGUUGGGCCGAAGGGCCUGUUUCCACACUGUAGGAAUUCUGUGAAAAACUAGGAAUUCUGUGAAAACCAAAUUGUGCAAUGUGAUUAGUAGAUUGGCUCCAAGUGAGCAGAAAGCACUUCAUAUUUGAGCAGGUAGCAUGUAACUGAUGAUAUUAUCAUCAAAUCAGGUGAAUAUUGGGACUUGGUGGAGAGAUGUGCUUUAAUUUGAAACUUUAUUAACACCACCACAGUGUGGGGCCAUAAACCAAGUGAUGGGAGUUGGUGCCGAAUAUCUCUGCUUUUCUACAUUCUCCAGUGAGAAUUUUUUUUAUUGUUCUGUCCCUUGUAUUUAAGUGUUUUGAUGGACCAGAACAUUUUUUUAAAAUUUUACCUUUAAUAUAAAUGGAAUAAACAGUUUGGAACACUCCAGCUUUUAUUCCCUUUGUCUCAAGGGGAAGAAGUGUUUGUACCUAGCUUGUGACCUCACUGUUAUGGCUCCCAUAUGCAUUUGGUUCAAAUGUAAUGGGUUUGAUUUGUGUUUUUAAUAACCUGGAGUUCUUCAUGCAUGUGAGCCCCAUUUCCAGAUAAUGGGAAUGAGCUGAAUGUACUGCCUAAAGUGUACUUAACAGUAUUGUGAAACUACUUUAGAAGACAUUUUCUGAAGGGAGCAUACAUUUAUAAAGAUGUCAAUUAAUUUAUACCAUGCUCAUGGGCACCAUAUUGUCUAUUUUAUGACCUUGGAUGGGAAUUUUAAUUAAAGACAAAUGGUUCGUAGCAUUACUUUAUAACUGUUGGGUUCUAGUCUUAACUCGUUGAGUAAUGGCAUACAGGAAAUAGAAUGAGGUUGCAGUGAAUGCAGAGUAAUGGAGAAACUUUGAGGUGGUGAAGGGAUGCAAAGUAGAUCGAAACAGACAAUUUUUAGUAGCUUAGCAAUCUGGAACAAAUAAUGUAGAUAUACAGUUAAACAUAACAGAUUUGAUGCAGAGAGUAAAGAUUGCUGGACAGAGCUAGUGAUUGUAGCAGGGACUAUGCCAGCAUUAAAGAAUGGAUUUGAUAGGUCGUUCAGUGAAAGACAGGAAUAAUGUGAUUGUGGAAAAGAGGCAACCGAUGGGAGCAAAAUGAGCAUAAGGAUACUGCUCAAGUGGAGGAAUAAACAUCCACAUGUACUGGUUGGACGACAAGUUUUUAGUGGCAGAAUUUCUGCUUAGUUCCAUAUGAUUUGAAAAGGAAAUGGAGGGAAAGAAGAGACUGAGUUUGGAUGUAAUUGAGGGGGAAUAUUGGAUUGAGAGAGACAAACUGCAGCAAAAGCAGAAACAAACUGCAGAUGCUGGAGAUGUUCAAUUUUAAAAGUAAAUGCUGGAAACUGUCCCUCAACAAGUCAGGCAACAUGUGUAGAGGAAGAGAGCUAGAAUUUCAGAUCAGUUUCUGAUGAAAAGUCAUUCACCUGGACCAUUAACUGUUCCUUUCACUCCACAGGCACUGCCCAACCUGCUAAGUUUUUCCAGCAUUUUCUGUUUUUAUUUCAGAGACUGAAAAUCCUGGUAAGAGUAAAGAUUAGCAACUUAAAAACUAAACUAGACUUAAUUGCUGGGAUAAGCUGCCCCAAGCAUCCUGUUGUCUGGAAUAUUCUGUCGAAUGGGCUCAGCAAAAUGAGAAAAUGGCUACCUCAGUACUGUUGUAGACAUUAUUGCACCUUAUUAAUGAUCUGAAAUUCUAUAUCGUGGUAUGAUUUUCUUGUAGUUCAGGACACUAAUUGUGCAUGUAAAAUAUGAGGCCUCUUUAAUGUAGCAUUCUGUUCUGGGACUGCUCCGAUUCACAGCAAUGUAAAGCACCCACUGAGUGCGUGAGGUGGAUUUCCCUGGCCUGCUGUAGUUGCAGGUGACCAGACACAGCUGGACAUGUCAUUAAUGAGGGCCAAAAGCUGGAAGUUGUGUAGUGUGCAGUUCAACUGACUCCCCAGAGCCGCCACUCCAAUUACAAGGGACAAGUCAGGUGUGUGAUGAAAUACUCUUCAUUUACCUGGAUGAGUGAAGCUCCAACAACACUCAAAGCUCAACUGCAUCCAGGACAAAACAGUCCAUUUGAUCAUUGCCCCAUUCACCAGCUUCACUCCCUCUACAACCAACACAGAUGAGCAGCAGCGUAGACUAGCUACAAAAUACACCGUAGCUACUUGCCAAGCCUUCUUAGAUAGCAUCUUCUAAACCAUGACCUCUAACAGCCAGAAGGACAGUACAUGGGAACUCUACCUCUCUUUGCCACUUAUCAUCCUGAUUUUGAACUAUAAUUGCCGUUUAUUUACUUUUGCUGGGUCAAAACCCUGGAACUCCAUUCCAAACUGCUCUGUGGGUAUACCUACACUACAAGAACUGCAUUGAUUAUCCACCUUCUCCAGGGCAACUAGGGAUGGAUCAUACACCCUGAGUGUAUUGGACAGUAACAGAUGGAAUAAUGGACACAAUCAUUGCACCUUAUUUGAAUGCUGAAGUUGGACUGCCUGGAGAAUUUGCCCAACAUUGCAUUGGAAAUUGUGGAUUCUUCAUAAUCCCCAAAUGGUGGGGAUAGCAAGGAAGAUUCAUGGAUUUUUACAUGGAUUGGGCUGGAUAAGCACAGUGUCUUAUUCCAGACUUGAUGUUCUUCUGUUUGAAGUGAUAGAUUACAAAGUGGCAAAAAGGAAGAGGGAGUGCCCGUAGAAGUGAAAAGGAUCAAGGUUAGUGUCUCUGACGGCACUUGCUGUAUUCCCUGACUGCUGGUUCAGCAUUGAAUAUCUAAAUGUUUUUAGACAGUAGGGCAAUAUGAUGGUUGAUCCUAUAAACUGCACAGCUUGCAAAUAUUUCUUUGCUGUUAGCAAGGCUUUAUACAAUAUUCAUCAUAGACACAGAUCAUUUGGCUAAACACUCCAUCCUGACAUUACUGCCACCUCAACUUGAGCCUCCUUCCAACGUUCCUCACCUAAUUUUAUCAGUGAAACCCUUUGUUUCCUUUUCCCUCAUACAUAUCCAGCCUCACUUCCAGCAUAUUUAUACUAGUUGCCUCAACCAAUUCCUUUGUAGUGAGUUCCACAUUCUCACAACCUCUCUUAGGUUGAGAAGUUUCUUCUGAAUUCCCAAUCAGAUUCUUGGUAACUAUUUCAUGGUCUUCUCGUUUGGCUGUUCCCCACUAAAAAAUGCUGAAGUGUCUACUCUACUAAGACUUUAGAUAAUUUUAAAUGAUUUCUAUCCAGCUACACCCUUCAGCCUUUUCAAUUGAAAAGAGACCCAGGCUUUUCAUUCGUUCCUGAUCAUCCUUUGCUCCCGAGGCAUCUCUUCAUAUAUAGUCAGCCCAUCUUAAAUUAGUUAUAGCAACUUAAUUGUUGUUUCAAGAGAAGAUUGUGUUUCAGUGCACUUUUCAGUGAGUGCACAUGCACAAAAGACUUGUAUGAUUGCCUGCAUCUCUCAGUAGGUAUUGUCUGCUAUACAUUGCAAUCCACAGGUACUUUUCUAACAUUGUCCACAGCAUUAUCCCUGCAGCCUUACUUUGGUCUUCUGGCUCUGAGCAUGGGACCUAUCUAAAUUUAAGGAGCUGCAAAAAUUCCACUAAGAAGGAAUUGCUUUUUGUUUGGAAUGUUGACAAUGUGAAAGUGGUCCAUUGCUGUGUAAGUUUGCUCCUUUUAAAAAGGAACUCAGUGGUUACCUGUUUAGGAUUAAUUUUGAACACUACAGGGAUAAAUAGACACAACAGAGAAAAAGAUGGUUCCUGCAUUGCCUCCACCCAUGGAAUUGUGCUAGAAUCAUUGCAGAUGGAGAAGAGAACGCAUGGUCAAAUUGCUAUUCUGAGGUCUUGAUAGCCUUGUGGGGGAAAGAAGGUGAUGAAACUUUAUACUCAAGAUUAUGUGGUAAAAAUCAUGAAAGAAGGGAUUGUAAGUGCAGGAUUGGGAGCAUUGACAGGCUAAAUGGCUGUUACCUUCUGCCAUGUGCGGGUGAUCUAUCUGUACGCUGCAGAUGGAUGGUUGUAUCAGAAGGUAAAUUUCCCAAACCUGGGAACAUGGUUCAGAAAUUAGGCUGCAUUCCUUGCUUGGUGAAUUUACGAGUGACUUGAUGUAACUAAUGGUGGGAAGUAGACAUUAUAUUUGAGUGAACGCUGAGCGGAUCUCCACCUUUUCAUAUCAAGACUGCAAAAUGCCUCCACCCAUCUUCCACAGAUGUAUACAGACUAUUGUGUACAAACAAGCGAAGGAGCUGAAGCCAUUUGACUGGUUAGGUGGACAUAGUUUCGAGUUAUUGCGAAUCCAUGUGACGAGAGCAAGUUUUCAUCAGUCCCCUCACGACACCACUCACAGCUGCUUAUGUGAAGCUAAGAGCCACACAAACUUAAAGGUAUCUAAUAAAGGGAAGGGAUUAGGUGGUAGAGUCCUUGCAUACUUAUUACUGAAGAUGGCUUCUCUAAGAUGACCUUUGAACUAUUGCUGUCCAGUGCUAAUAGCCCUCUGUAAACAGCACUUCUCCAGAUCUGUUCUCCAGCAGUUAGCUGGUUUGUACCAUUAGGAGCAGAGGUGGCUUUCUCUACAGCGCUGCUCACAGGAUCUUUGUCUGCACUCUGCGAGUGACAAGAAGUGAGUUCAGGCUUGGGAUUUUAUUUUGAUGUGGAAACUGUUUCAUUUUCUUAAACAAGGUGAUGACUGAAGAGGUGUUAUUUUACAAAAUGCUUAAAUACAUGAAUUCUUGUUUUGAUUAUGUUCCUGAUAAGCAGCCAGUUUCAGUUUAGAGUCUAAUUGACUAUUAACCCAUGCAGCAUUACUAGUUUUUGCAACCUGUUUGAAAGACAGCUUAACAUGUUCUUGUGCAUGAGCUAUGUGGUAGAAAAAUGAUUGUGCAUCCCAUCUCUGUGCUGCACUUGCUUUUCUUUGUGUGGAAGGUGGAAGUAAUAUGUCUGAUAUAAUAUGUCAAACAAUUUAUUGGUAACACUUGGGUGCUGGUGUGAGAUCAGACAUUAGUAUGCACUAGCUAACUUUGUAUGGCUUGCGCAUAGUUCACUGUUCCUGUACAUUUACAGUACUCAGUCAGUAAGAAAGGAACUGGCCCUGUACUCUUAGUGCAGAGUCCUGGAACACAGAAGUUGUAUCUCCCACCAUGAUUGAAUAAAAUUUUACAUAGCCUCUCUUGUAGAAGGGAGCUGUAAUAAUGGUUGGGAUAAUAAGGGAUGGGAUACAUUGCCUGGUGCCCCUUGUUAUACAGUGUGAACUGUACAAAAUCCUUAUAUUUAUAUUUGUAUAGUCUAAGAACUGACCUCAAAUGGAAAUACAUGUUGUUUGUGUAUACUUUUGCUUGUUUUUUUUUGUGUAAGCUGCAAAUAACAAUAAAAAGGAAUUUGAAAAGCUUCA